AUUCUGUGCAUUGUUCAAUGGUUCAUGAAAAAAAUGAAAAUUAUAUGAACGACAUGCCUGGAAAAGAUCAAGUUGAAACAGUCAUUGCUAUACAUCUUUGCAGACUAUUGUCGAGAAAUCAAAAGUUAUGAUUAAUCAAAUUAGAUGUCGAAAUUCUAACAACUUUCAUGUUCUUGAAAAUGUUUUAGAUCGAUCUCCAAGUCGCAUUUACUGCCACUUCAACCACUUUUCCUGCAUUAAUAUUGAUAUAUUAAUAUAUUUGCUUUUAAAUGCAUUCGAUGAAAAUCGGCAGUGUCGUACUGAAGAGAAUUUGCAUAACCAAACAUGUUUUCAGUAGAAAAUGUGGUAGAAUGAAAAACAUUGCCCGUGUGUGCAAUUCUAAAAUAAAGUCGGAUUGGUGUCCUGCUUCAGAACGAUGCACGACAACACCGACGCUUCCUUCUCCGAAUUCCUGUCUGUCAGAGAUGCAAGAUUUAUUAAACUUAAGUAACAAUAAACUGAGUUGCAAAAAAAGCCCACGCGCGGAUUGCUUCAGAAGGACGAUGCAUGAAUAAAGAACGUGGACUCGGCCAACUGGGUCGGGCGGGCUCGCGCGACGUCAUGUCACAAACACCAAGCGCCGACCUCUGCCGAGGGCCCGGCUAGAAAUCUCUUCCGGUUCGUCGCCGUGGCAAUCGCGGCACAGCACAAUUCUCAGGGCUGCUGGUGCUGGUGCUGGUUGCCUUGGAGACGAGGGAGCGCGGCCCUGGCUGCAGACGGAUGCGAGCGGCUGCACAGAUCCACACACGGUCACCAUGACCCAGAGACUCGCAUUGCAAGUGUUUGAGCAGUACCAGAAGGCCAGAACACACUUUGUACAAACAAUUGCAGAACUCGCAACAAGACCACAAAAUAUAGAAACCUUACAAAAUGCAGGUGUGAUGUCUCUGUUGAGGCCCCUCUUACUUGAUGUAGUUCCAAGCAUUCAGCAAACAGCAGCGUUGGCCCUGGGACGUCUGGCCAAUUACAAUGAUGAUCUGGCUGAGGCUGUUGUUAAGGGAGACAUUCUUCCACAGCUGGUGUAUUCACUAGCAGAACAAAAUCGAUUCUACAAGAAAGCUGCAGCUUUUGUGUUGCGAGCCGUGGCCAAACAUUCUCCGCAAUUAGCCCAGGCUGUGGUGGAUUGUGGGGCACUGGAUGCACUGGUGAUCUGUUUGGAAGAGUUUGAUCCAGGAGUGAAAGAAGCGGCCGCUUGGGCAUUGGGAUAUGUUGCACGCCACAAUGCAGAACUGUCGCAGGCAGUAGUGGACGCAGGAGCUGUUCCUCUUCUGGUUCUUUGUAUCCAAGAACCAGAGGUGCCACUAAAAAGGAUUGCAGCUUCUGCACUCAGUGAUAUCGCAAAACAAUCUCCAGAGCUGGCUCAAACUGUGGUGGAUGCAGGGUCUAUUGCUCACCUAGCUCAGAUGAUUCUAAACCCUGAUGCCAAACUGAAGCGUCAAGUGUUUUCUGCUCUCGGUCAAAUUUCAAAGCAUUCUGUAGAUUUGGCAGAAAUGGUCGUGGAAGCCGAAAUUUUUCCUUCUGUUCUAACAUGCCUAAAAGACCCAGAUGAAUAUGUGAAAAAAAAUGUUGCCACACUCAUUCGGGAAAUUGCCAAGCAUACUCCUGAGCUGUCUCAGCUUAUUGUUAAUACAGGAGGUGUGGCUGCUGUCAUUGAUUAUAUCGGUGAUUCCAAAAGUAAUGUCAGGCUGCCUGGUAUUAUGAUGCUUGGCUAUGUGGCUGCUCACUCAGAGAACCUGGCAAUGGCAGUGAUUGUCUCCAAGGGGGUGGCUCAGUUGGCUAUCUGCCUGUCAGAGGAACCAGAAGACCAUAUUAAGGCAGCGUCUGCUUGGGCCCUGGGGCAGAUAGGAAGACACACACCAGAGCAUGCGCGUGCUGUUGCUGUGGCAAAUGUUCUGCCAAAGCUCCUUUCACUCUACAUGCAGACUGGAAGCUCUGAAGACCUUCAGGUUAAGGCUAAAAAGGCACUGAAGAACAUUUUGCAGAAAUGUACAUACCUGCCAGCUCUUGAUCCUCUACUACAUGAUGCACCUCCUAAUGUGCUUAAACAUGUUGUUGGCCAGUACAGUAAGGUACUGCCACAUGACACCAAAGCCCGCCGCCUCUUUGUCACAAGUGGUGGACUGAAGAAGAUUCAAGAGAUUAAAGCUGAACCGGGUUCAGUUCUGCAGGAGUACAUUAAUGGCAUUAACAAUUGUUAUCCGGAAGAAAUUGUCAGAUACUACUCUCCUGGAUAUUCGGAUGCAUUGCUGGAAAGAGUUGAGAACUACCAACCAGCUCUUUAAGAAACAUUAACGGAUGUGUUUUUCUCAAACUAAUCGUAGUUUUGGUUUGCUCACUUUAAAAAAAAAAACUCGAAGCAUCUACUGAUUUUGCUCACGGUUUUCCAAGAUAUUUUGUAACGUAUUAAAUUAUGUCCCAAGCCCGCAUCCAGAUUCUUUGAUCAAUUUCAAAUAAUUUUGUUUAAUCAUUUUGCUGAAUCCCGAAAAACCUCUGAUGAACACGUUGUAUGUACAUGAUUUGUAUUUCGGUACAUCAUUUUGAUUUUAAUGGCGGUUAGUACUCCCAUGCCUCCUGCAAACCAAUACCACUGUAUAUUUCGCAGAAAGGAAGCCUAAAUUAUGCGAAUGGUUGUCGGGGCUGUAGAUUUGCACUAACCUUUUGUGAAGCCGGAUUUCAGUGGCCACAAAGCACAUUUUUUGUAUGCUAUAAUCUGCACAUUUAAACUCAUAUUUGCGGCACUCUGAAACUCAUUGUUACAUCAAUAAAUGUGGUGACUCGGGUUUUAAAUGAAAAGGUUUGUCCCGAAUCAUUACUAAUCAAAGCAUGUCUGAUAUCCAGGUGUUUGAAUCUGUUCAAUAUUUUAUUCACUGCUGAUUGCUCAUUCAAAUCGAGGAAAAAAAUCUAUAUAAAAUUAAUAACAGGGGGGAAAGCACAGGGUGUCGCCCUGCUUUUGAAUCUAUUGCAUUUAUAGGAACUGCUGAAUGGUAAUGUGUUCUAUGUAUUAGUCUGACGUCCUGUGGAAGUAAUUUAUAAUUAGCACCAGGACAGAAUGUGACAGUGGCUGGCUGGCUGACCUGCUGAAUGUAACUCUCUUCGAUCUUUCCUUUUAACAUCGCAGCAGCAUAGUGCUGUUCCAAUGAGGAUUUUUGUAUGUGAGGUGGCAUCCAUCUGCGUGAGAAACCGGGUUCUAUUUAUUCCACGUUAUUUUCUGCAACGACGGGUGAAUCACCUUUAUGUAUUUUCCAAUCUACGUUCCUAUUCCGUCCUCUGUCAGGUGCUAUUUCAGAGUUGCUUCGUUGUGCUUUGAUGUUUUUUUUAAAUUCUAUUGCGUAAGAAAUGCAUCGAACAUCACCUUAAUCACAUCUACUUGAGCAUAACUACAGCUCGAAAUUGGUAAAGGAAGAUAUGGAACCGAAUUUAAAACCAAUCCUCAUUCUAUUCGCGAGGUCUAUGAAACAAAUGAAUAAUUUUAUUCUGAAUCCAGUUUGGAACAAUAAUUAUGAUUUCAAGAGAAAAUACGUUUUGUGUGAG